UCUUUUCUAUAAUUUCUGUCUCUUUAUUGAUAUUUUCUAUUUGUUGAAACACUGUUCUCCUACUUUGCUUUAGUUCUUUGUUCAUGGUUUCCUGUAGCUCUCGGAGUAUGUUUAAGACAGUUGAUUUAAAAUCUUUAUUUAGGAGCCAUCGGUGGUCUCGAGGGGCGGUGCCGUGCUGCUGCCUGCGAGCUGGUCCCGUGGCCAGGCGGGUAGCCAGCCUGAGGGCAUGGUGCCAUGAAGCUGUACAGCCUCAGCGUCCUGUACAAAGGCUAUGCCAAAGCGGUGCUGCUCAAAGCCGCGUACGAUGUGUCCUCCUUCAGCUUCUUCCAGAGAUCCAGCGUUCAGGAAUUCAUGGCCUCCACAAGUCAACUGAUUGUGGAGUGCUCCUUGAAAGGCAGCAAAGCUUCUACCAAAGAACAAGAAUAUCUGUGCCAUGUCUACGUGACAAACGACAGUCUGGCGGGAGUGGUCAUUGCUGACAGUGAAUACUCAUCCUGGGUGGCGUUUACCUUGCUGGAGAAGGUACUAGACGAAUUCUCCAAGCAGGUCGACAGGAUAGACUGGCCAGUUGGAUCCCCUGGUACCAGCCAGUACGCAGGCCUGGAUGGUCACCUCAGUAGAUACCAGAACCCCCGAGAAGCUCACCCCAUGACUAAAGUGCAGGCUGAACUAGAUGAGACCAAAAUCAUCCUGCAGAACACCACGGAGUCUCUGUUAGAGCGAGGCGGGAAGCUAGAUGACCUGGUGUCCAAGUCCGAAGCACUGGGAAUACAGUUUAAAGCCUUUUAUAAAACGGCCCGGAAGCAAAACUCAUGUUGUGCGAUCAUGUGACAGCAGCCGGCAGAGGCCCCUGCGCUGGAACGUCACCGUCAUUCACAUCACAACUGCAGCCCCCAGGGAGCAGAGCCACUGUGGAACGACCCGAGUGGGACAGACUCAACUUCGGCUUUGGAGCUCAUGGGAGGAACCGAAGGGUGGAAGGGACCUGGGGGCGGGGAACGUUCAGAUUCACAUGUCUAGUAAUUUGAGGCCCCCUAAAAGUGUAUUUUGGGGCCAAAUGAAACCAUAAAGCUCAGUGACUCCCGUAAAAAAAAAAAAAAAA